GACCUCGAAAGGUCAGUCACUCUGAGCCGGGAAGCCUUACAACUAUGCCCUCCCAACCGAGCAGACUAUUGGAUGUACUUGGAACACUUGGCGGUCGGAUUGCGUUUGCAGUACAACUGGACCGGAGAGAUAAGUUGUCUCGAACAAUCUAUUCAACUCGGGCGUUCUUCAAUCGAUUCAAUUCCAACUACCCACCCUCAGCGAUUCAUUCCCGUUCGCGGUCUGGCGUAUUCACUGAUGCUCCGCUUCAACGAGACAAGGCGGCUCUCUGAUCUCGAUGAAGCCAUCGAAUGGGAUCGUAUGGCCCUGGCG